AAGCGCCAUAGAGUGGAAAAGAGCAGACAAAUCCAGCUCUUUUGCUGCCCCAUCCAGCCCCAGUUCUGCCUCUGGCUGUGACCUCGAGCAGCUCCUUCACUUCCCCUAUGCAGCCCCGCCUCCCCAAGAACCUGUGAAGACCCUGCGAAGCCUGAUCAACAUCCGGAAGGACACCCUGAGACUCGUCAAAUGUGCUGAGGAAGUGAAGGGCCCCGGAGAAGAGGCCGGCAAGGCCAGGGUCCACUACAACGUGGAGUUCACCUUCGACACGGACGCACGCGUGGCCAUCACCAUCUACUACCAGGCCACCGAGGAGUUCCAGAAUGGCGUUGCCAGCUACAUCCCCAAGGACAACAGCCUGCAGUCGGAGACGGUGCACUACAAGCGGGGGGUGUGCCAGCAGUUCUGCCUGCCCUCCCACACCGUGGACCCCUCGGAGUGGGCCGAGGACGAGCUCAGCUUCGACCUGGACAGAGAGGUGUACCCGCUCGUGGUCCAGGCUGUGGUGGAUGAGGGAGACGAGUAUUUUGGCCACUGCCAUGUCCUGCUGGGCACUUUCGAGAAGCACACCGACGGCACCUUCUGCGUCAAGCCCCUCAAACAGAAACAAGUGGUGGAUGGGGUCAGCUACCUCCUCCAGGAGAUCUACGGCAUCGAGAACAAGUACAACACCCAGGAUUCCAAGGUGGCUGAGGACGAGGUGAGCGACAACAGCGCCGAGUGUGUGGUGUGUCUGUCGGACGUCCGGGACACCCUGAUCCUGCCCUGCCGUCACCUCUGCCUGUGCAACACCUGCGCGGACACCCUGCGCUACCAGGCCAACAACUGCCCCAUCUGCCGCCUGCCCUUCCGGGCGCUGCUUCAGAUCCGAGCCAUGAGGAAAAAGUUGGGCCCCUUGUCCCCCACCAGCUUUAACCCCAUCAUCUCAUCGCAGACCUCCGACUCGGAGGAACACUCGUCCUCAGAGAACAUUCCGCCGGGUUAUGAAGUGGUGUCUCUCCUGGAGGCCCUCAACGGGCCCCUCACACCGUCCCCAGCGGUGCCCCCGCUCCACGUGCUAGGGGACGGCCACCUCUCGGGCACGCUGCCCUCCUAUGGCAGCGACGGCCACCUGCCCCCUGUCAGGACGCUGUCCCCGCUCGACCGCCUGUCUGACUGCAGCAGCCAGGGGCUCAAGCUCAAGAGGAGUCUCUCCAAGUGAGUGUCGGGGCCCACGCCUUGACGCUGGGCCCCUGCGGUGGUGUAGACCCUCUGGGCUGUGCCCAGGGCUUCUCCUUCCACUGAAGGCUUGGGGUGAGGGAGCUUGUGCUAGUUCUUAAGGGAUGAAAGUGGGUGGCAUGUGG